AUGCCAGACGUUGAUCCACACAGCUCAUCCCAGCCUUCAGGAGGAUCAAAAUCAGCUCGUUCUUUUCUGACGACGUUAUCUCAUGGCUCAGCACCGUUCAUCACGACGUUCGUUCUGAUCCACUUGUCUGCGCCCGUGCUCGCGAACCUGGGCGGUUCCUCGCUCUCUUCUCAGGUUAUGCUCUUGGGCAGGGAAUACUACCAGACCUCGUUUGGCGAGAAGUUCCUCGUCCUGACACCGCUCGUCAUCCAUCCGGUCUCAAGCAUCGCCAAACGAUUUCUCUCCCCGAAGCCUGCACGUCGCCUGCAGAGCGUGCUAAGCAUCACUGGCUACGCCGCACUGAUUUCUAUCCCCAUGCACUUCCUCGCACAUCGCUACUUUCCGAGCGACCCUUCCCUGCCUAUAUACGCCCUCGGUCCGGCCGAGCUUGACUACGAGUACGUCAAGUACGCGCUGCACGAAUGGCCAUGGCGCGGUUUCUUUGCGUAUCUCGCGCUGACAGCUGUAGUGGCACGCCAUGCUGCUGAAGGCAUGGGCGUGAUUUGGAACACUUGGCUGCGGAAGAGACUGGGCGGCUGGAAAGGAAACCAAACAACGGCAGGCAUUAUGACCGCAGCUAUAAUCUUGCCCGUUGCGUCAGGGCUGUUUGUGCUUUCACAGGAACCUCGCAUGGUCUUUACGUCUACCAUUCCACGUUUCCAAGCUGCUUUCUCGAAAUCCCUCUUGUACAGCCUGUUCUGA